AUGGCGAUGAGGCGUCGAGAGACACGACAACACUUCCCAGACUGAUACAACCAUGUUAUGCUUGUUGGCAUAGGGGGAAGCACGCGAUAGGGAUAUACGUGAAAUUACGUUCAAGUAAUUAAAAACAGGAGAUUUUUCUCCCCUGAAUGCCAUUAUAUGCAUGUAGCUAUAGCGGUCAUAUAUAGCCCCGCUGCUGGAAACCAAAAGCUGUACAUGGCGGUGGAGAAUAUCUGGUUCUUCUGUCUACUUUCUCUGGGUUACUGUGGAUUAUCAUCGCAAGAGAAGCCUGUGUCAGUUGAACUAAGCUGUGGUGCUGGUCCAGUCCAUGUGGUUCUGGAGCCUGGUGACCCUCUGCUGCUGGAGUGCCACUUGGGGGCCAGUGAGCCCCCACUCAACGUGACCUGGCUGCGGGAUGGAUUGGUCCUUUCUGAGAGCCAGACCAUCUGGCCUCUGCUCAAUGGCUCCCUGCUCAUUCUUCCCUCAUCCAUGGAUGGUCAGGCUUCAGCAGGUGUGGAGGGAGGGUACAGCUGCCUAAGUACCAGCUCGACAGGAACCCUUACCAGCCGGGCUAUCACACUCCAUCUUGCCAGCUUGUCCCGUUUUCUUCAGGAUCCUGAACCUCAGGUUGUGUCUGUAGGAGGCACAGCACGGUUUGAAUGCUAUUUAGAUGGCAUGCCCACCCCAAGAAUCACCUGGGAGAAGAACCAGACACCUCUACCAGCACCCACUGAACCUCAAGAGCUAUCAAGGUACAUAACUCUCCCUAACGGGGUGCUGCAGAUUUUAGGGGUCACUAAAGGUGAUGAAGGCUCGUAUCGUUGUGUGGCCUUCAACUCUGCCCAAAAGCACUUCAGCCAAGAUGCGUCUCUCACAGUCAGCCCAGGUCUGUCUCAGGAGAGUGAGGUGGUGAUUGUCGCUCCACCGCGGAACUCUACAGUGGUCUUGGGUCGCCCGGCUGUAUUGGAGUGCAUGGCUCAGGGUGAGCCGAAACCCUUCGUUUCCUGGAUCAGGCAGGAUGGGAAGCCUAUAGCUACAGAUGUGGUUGUCCUAGCAACCAACCUUGUGAUUCCUGACACCCGCAGUCACCAUGCUGGAGUGUAUGUGUGUCGUGCCAACAAACCCAAGACCAGAGAUUUCGUCUCAGCUCCCGCUGAGCUUCGAGUACUAGCUCCUCCAGUUAUCCUGCAGCCCCCAGAGUCUGUGUCUCUGUCCCGGGGUAAUACAGCUCGUUUUGUGUGUAAUAGCUCUGGUGACCCUCCACCCGUUCUCCGCUGGUUAAAGAAUGGAGAACCAGUCCAGUCUAACGCCCGAGUUAAGACUCAGAACCCUGGAGUUCUGCUCAUCAACCAACUGCGCCUAGAUGAUGCUGGCUACUACCAGUGCAUUGCUGUCAACAGCCUAGGCACUGCCUGUGCCACUGCCAAACUCUCCGUUAUUGUGAGGGAGGGGUUGCCCAGCCCUCCUCAGCAUGUGUCAGCCACAGCCCACUCUAGCACUUCUGCACUGCUCACCUGGGACCCACCGGAACACAACAGUGACCAGAUCAUUGGCUUCUCCGUUCACUACCAACGCACAGCUGGCUCAGACAACAUGGAGUAUCAGUUUGCAGUGAAUAAUGAUACUACAGAGCUGCAUGUAAAGGAGCUGCUCCCUCACACAGCCUACACCUUCUAUGUAGUGGCCUACUCACCCAUGGGGGCCAGCCGUCCAUCACAGCCCAUUACUGUGGAGAUGCUGGAGGAUGUUCCUAGUGCUUCACCGCAGCUAUCCCUGCUGAGCACAUCUCCCACUGACAUCAGAGUGAUGUGGCUGCCCCUUUCCUCCCAGCUCAGUCGCGGAGCCAUCACAUGCUACCGCAUAGAAUACAGAGCACUGGAGCAGGUGGAUUACAUGUACUCUGUGGAAGUAGGUGGGAAUGAGACACAGGUUACUCUUAAAGACCUGAAACCAAAUCAAAUGUACCAGCUCCGUAUUGCGGUAGGAACACGUGCCGGAUUCAGUCAGUUUUCUGAGUGGGCCUCACACCACACACCAAACCUUACUCAGGUGCUCUUUGCUCCCACUGAGCUCAAAGUUAGAGCCAAAAUGCAUUCCCUCCAUGUCACGUGGCAGCCACCACCCAAUCAUACUCAAAUCACCGGCUACAAGCUUUCCUGGAGGGAGUUGGACGGAGAGGAGUUGGCCAAGGAGGAGAACCCUGUGAUCAAUGAAAGGAGCCAGGGUGGUCAACAGAUCAAACUGAGGAAGAGAAUUAAACACCAUGAGGUCACAAACCUUGCUCCUGAUCGGCUGUAUGAGGUGAAGGUUUCAGCACUUAAUAAACAGACUGAAGGUUAUCCUGCCGUCUGGAAGGGCAAAACAGAGAAACUCACAGAUCGAGUGCGGACUCCAGACUCUCUCCCACCAUUGCCGCCAAUCAGCAUCAGAGCUCGUGCCAACAGUUCCACCUCUAUCUGGCUCCGCUGGGAGAAACCACGCUUUGGCAGCGUGCGCAUCAUCAACUAUACUGUACGCUGCAGCCCCGCAGGAAUACGUAAUGCAUCGCUGGUCUCGUACUAUACAAGUUCUUCUCAAGAGAUAUUUCUGGGAUCACUAAAGCCGUUUACCAGCUAUGAAAUCGCUGUGCAGUCUAAUGGAGUUGAUAUGAGCGGCCCCUUCAGCAGCACAGUGGAAGAGUCCACGCUGCCAGACAAACCCUCCUCUCCUCCUGUGGAUUUGCAGUUGAGAGCACUGGACUCAUUCUCUGUUUUGGCGAGUUGGCGCCCUCCACUGGAGCCAAAUGGUAUAAUUUUGACAUACUGGAUCCUCUACACUGGCAACAUCAGCCAUCCAGACCACUUGUGGAUAAACCUCACACAUGAUGGUUCUGUCACCAGAACAGAAGUCCAGGGCCUGAUGAGUGGGACCUCUUACUAUUUUAAGAUGGGGGCAUGCACUGAAGUGGGGGUGGGACCAUUUUCACCUGUGAAGGAUGUCUAUACUCCAAAGAAAUACGAGCUGGAUAUCCAUGCUGUGACUGGUAUCAUCGUUGGAGUGUGUCUCGGGCUGCUCUGCAUCCUACUCUGCAUGUGUGUCAGUUUCCGCAAUGGAAAAACACGGGAUGUGUCUAGUAGACUGGACUCCAGUUCUUUGAGUCCUCAGUUCAGGAGGGGUACCCGUCCAGUGCAAGCUGCUGUUCCUGACUGCCAUGAGCUAGAAACCCUCAUGCCUUCUAGUGCACAAGACCCCACCAGACCCGUAACAGAGCCCAGCGAGGAGCAGAUUCUCAUGAGUAACGUGGAAGUUACUGAUGACGGCCCUCCAGAAUCCAAGCCAGCCUGGAAUGGAUCUGUUAGCAGGAACUGGGCCAAUAGGCUCACCAGAUACAGAGACACCAUAACCGAAAAUUCUUCUGCUCUAAUCAAUGGAGCCUUGGAGGGACCAGCGUCAGAGAACAGUGAAAGCGGGCAUGUGGAGAGGCUGUAUUCCCUCAGCAAGAACCAGGUGGAGGCUGAAGUCAUCGUGCAUUCACAGCUGUCCAGUGCCACAGUUGACCUUGGUCCACAAAGUGACAUGGAGAUCUGUCUUGAGUCUCCAUCUUCCCAGCAUCCUUCUCCUGGAGAGAAGGCGACUCCAUCAUCCCCUCACAAACAGCAUGCCACGCCUCCUCCAUCCUGUGCCCACAGUGAGGACAACCAUGAAACUCAAUCCCCAUCUCCAACCCCCAGCACACACAUCUCAGAAGUACUGUCCAUUCACAAUGGACCAUUUGAGAGUGGGCUCAGCCAGCCAACAACGGGCAGUGCCAAAAACCAUGGAGUGGGGCUAACUAAUGGAUUCCACUCACCCAAACCCCUUCAGUCGAAGGCAGAAUCCCUGGAGAAUGGGGCCCACAGACUUUGCCCUGCAGGAAAGAUUCUGUCAACACCUUCCCUCUCAUCCUUUUCCAGCUCUGGCCUUGUCCAUUCUACCUCAGGGGCACAUAGCUACCUGUACCCCUAAACUGGAAGGAAGAAAAGCGGGGGGGGGGUGGCCCACAUUCUGAGACAGCUGAGGAGACAAACGAGCCCACUUCAACAGCACCUUUCUGCUGGAGAAGUCUCGUAGCCAUGCACGCCUCCUCCCUUGGCUCGGUUUUAUUGCAACCUCUUUGGUUCCAUUAUUUUAUAUGGAUGUACAUAUAGAAUAUUUUAUAGCACUUAGUAUCCAGGGAUAUGCAUUUUAUUGCGUAUCAGUGGCACACUUUAAUCCCUCUUUGUGUGCAUGUAUGGAAUGUGCUGAAGUGAUCUAUACAGUAUGUUUACGUGCACACAUGAAGUCAGAGUGUUUAUGCUCUGAGGUGAAGCUAAAGUAUCCUGAGGCCAGCACCAGUGAUAACAGAGCCCUGCGUGGGGAGACAGAGCAGAACUCAUUCAUGGGUGAAUGUAACGGAUUGAGCCGAGAUUAGUGCUAUAAUUGUCAGCAGGUGUAGGCCCAUUCUGUCAGAAAGAACCACCUACUGCUGUCUCAGGGUCGACACACACACACACACACACACAUUGCUGCGGCUAUGCUUAUGAGGACUCUCCAGAGACAUAAUGAUUUUUAUACUGUACACUAUAUAUUCUAUCCCCAAAACCUAACCCGCACAAAAAACUUUCUACAUUUUUACAUUUUCCAAAAAAACAUGGUUUGGUAUGUUUUUUUUGUUUUUUUUUUAACGAUGGAAUUAUAGGGCGUUAGAAAUGUCCUCAAAAAACACAUUUAUAUCAUAAUACCCUUGUAAUUACUUGUUUGUACCCUAAAAAAUGUUUUCCUCAUAAACCACCCAAACCCGCACACACACACAAACAUACACAGUCCUGUGCUUUAGAAAUAGUUAUUCUUCUUUAACUUAAUCAGAUAGACAGGUCCACAUCUCCACAUACACACACAAACUUGAAAACAGUACAAAUAAAAACACAUUCCCUGACUGGAGCUUAGUGUCUCAGGAGUCUAAAAUUUAAGGUGCAUUUAUCAUGGUCUGUAUAUACAGUAUAUAUGUACUACAUAUAUAUAAUUACUGACAAAAUAGUGUGACAAAAUUUAGACAAAAUAGUGAAGGAAAAAAAUGCAUCACUACAACAUUAAGAGGCCAUGUAAAUUGUUUAUAAUUUCUUCUCUGUGGAAGACGUCUUGAGUGUAUUUGUAAAAGACACAUCACACUGAUACAUGCUCCCAAGUUUCAUCUCACUCAACAACACUACCUCAUUUCUUUACAGGAUCGUUUGUUUCUGUGUGAUUUUAUGAGCAUCAUUAGGAAGGCGACUUCUUAAAUCUAGUUUUGAACCAUCUAAUUCAUAGCCUUUGAUAAUUGCAGAAUCUACUGCCUUUCUCACUCUGUGUCUGUAUUCCUGUGUAAUGGUUAGUGAAACCUUUAUCUCUGAUUAUUAGCCUGUGAGCAAGCAUGUGGUUAUUGGCUUGUCCAGUCCUCAAUAUCUUUUGCUGUGGGGGAGAGGAACUUUUGACAUUAUUUGAACACAACUGUUUGGCAAUAUACCCUUCAGAUGAAGGUAUUUAAACAUGAUGGACGACUAACCACAUGGGUUACCCUGAGACCUCAAGGAUCUACCUGUUGACAUGCCAGUCAUCUCCUUUUUCUCAGGGAACUCUUUGCAGGGAAGAGUAUGAGAAGAGAAUUUAAAGUCAAACUAGGAAAUAGCAUCCAUCACUAAGACAGGUCUUGUCCCAUGCACUAUUCUUUUUCCUUUAGCCUUGUAUGUCACCAUAUUGGGUUCAUAUGGAUCUGUAAAUAAUCUCCUCCCACAGUACAUGCAAACUCAUAUUUGUACAAUUUUGCUGCUGAAAGCAGGAUUUCUAUUUGUUGCGCUUCCUUUUUAUGCAUUUUUAAACACCUAUUUAAAGUAGUUUAUUUUAAAGAAACAUUUACAUAUAUGUCUUUUAUGUUAAUGUUGUUAUAUUAAUAGAAGUUUAAAGGAAUAUUCUGGGUUCAAUACAAGUAAUGCUCGAUCGAAUGCAUUUGUAGCAUAAUGUUGAUUACCACAAAAAUGUAUUUGACUUAUAGUAGAAGUGAAUGGGGCCAAUGCUUGGAGGGCAGAAAUGUGAAGCUUAUAAUUUUAUGAAAGCAAUUACAUUAAAUUAUGUUCAAAUUUGAGUGUCAUUUGAGCUGUAAAGUUGUAUAAUUUUUACAGUCGUUUUGAGGGUUGUAGGGUUCAAGGCGUUAUGUCAUCAUGGGAAGGUGGUGGCGUAGUGGCUAAAGCACAGGGCUGUUAAUCAGAAGGUUGCAGGUUCUAACCCCACGGCCACCACCAUUGUGUCCUUGAGCAAGGCACUUAACUCCAGGUUGCUCCGGGGGGAUUGUCCCUGUAAUAAUUGCACUGUAAGUCGCUUUGGAUAAAAGCGUCUGCCAAAUGCAUAAAUGUAAAUGUAAAUGUAAAUGUCAUCAUGGCAAUGAAUUUGUAGAAUUGGACAUUAAACAGAAAAGGUUAGUAAGCGAUUUUAUCACACUUAAAUCAUGUUAACACACAUAUUGUCUUGUGGAUAAGUCUUGUGGUUAUACAUUUGAAACAUUGAGCAUUUUAACAUUUAAUGAUUGGCCCCAUUCACUUCCAUUGUAAGUGCCUCACUGUAAUACAGAUUUUGCUUUUUUUAAAGAAAAGGAGGGUAAUCAACAUUAUGCCACAAAUGCUGUCGAUUGAGCUUGUAUUGGAAGCAGAAUAUUCCUUUAAAAAAACAAACAUUGAAAAAGAAACACUCAGAGGCUCAAACUUUUGCCAUCAUAUUACAUCAGGUCAUUGACAGGACUGCCCAUGAUAUGCCAACGACAACACUCACUCUUCAGUGUUGUCUGUUUCAGUCAUUGCUACAUUUCAGCUGAUUGCCUUUGAUAAUAUUUCUCUUUCAACUAAGUAGUGCUUUGGUGCUAGAGCAAGACUAGGUUUUUUUAAAGAUGGUCUUUUAAACAUUCCAGUUUUCGUAUGUACAACAGGACAAACUCAGGGCGGUUUAUGUAGGAAAUUAAGAAAUGUAAUGUUUGAAUUACAUAAUUUUUUCAACACAUCACUCAUCAUUAUAGUGCAGUGGCCAGUCAACAAUUUAUCCUUGCUCCGUAGCACUUCUAGUUGAGAUUAUAACAUAGCUGUUCGGUAAGUUUGUAGUAGUUAAGGAGUAUAAAUGGGUUAUUGUUUAAAUGGUUUAAAUGUUCAUGGAUACAGUUACUUUGCCACAAAAAUAAUUGUUUGCGGCAUGUACAGCACAUGUUUGUGUUGGAGUCAAAAUCUCAUUCUAAGCUUCGCUAUAGUCUUAUGCUUGAUAGCUAUAAAAUAACAUCAGAUUUUUGUGUUCAGCUUAACCUACCUACAGCAUUAGGAAUGUGUGGAAAAAAAAUCUAUUGCUCUCUCUUUACUACUGUCUGACAAUAAGGAAAUUGCGUUCUGCCAGAUCACUCUCAGAUAUGCAUGUUUUCAUAACACUUCAGGAGAAGUUAUAAUAUUAAUACCUCAUUUGCUGCUUGUGAAUUUAAUCACAGUUAUACCUUCAACACGGCACAUAAGGGUUUUAGUUGUUCUGAUCUUGUUUGGCAGCAGUGUUUUCAUACUUAAACCUGAAAAUGAGUUGAUUGUCUUUUCUUACCUCAUGUUGAAGCCUUGCGUCUGGCAGGUUUUUGCUCUACACUAUUUAGGAGGCCAAUGUAAGAGUGUGGAAAUGACAUGUCAUCAUUUGUGUAUGUCUGGAUAGGUCUGUAGGAUGUUUGCCAGAGAGAUGAUCAGAGGAUUCCCCUGUCAAGCCAUACCUCUUGAAACAGACACAAGAUUUUAAAGGGCAGUCUUUAUGGUGUGGAUCAGUGCUUAUUGCUCAGGUCCCGUCUUUACGUAAAAACUCUGGAGGAACAUGCCAGCUCGCUGUAAUGUAAGAUGAGUUUGUGCAUUGCAGUAUGAAACCUCACCUGUCCUCCUGGAAAAUAAAGGCUUUAGUGAUAGGGGAAAGCAACAACAAAUAGUAACUGAUGCACAGACAUAAAUCUGUGAACUAGUCUGGUGAUGUGAGAAUUCAUCCAGUCUUUCCUUUGUUUGUUUGUUUUUUUAAACCAGUAGACCUGUGCUUUUCUGAUAUUCUCAGCACAUAUACUGUGGACACUUUUCUGUAACACCAGCAACAGUAUGGUCUUUCAUUGUUUCUGUCAUUAAAUGCGAGGGACACAACAUCUGUCUUAAUAUGCAUAUAACAACACUAACCCAAUAUAAUUACAGCACGUGUUAGUCUGUAUUUUUUAUUGUUUAUCCUCACGGCCUUCUAUGUAACUCCAAGUCUAUAGACUGUGAAGAGUUUAAUGCAAAGAGAUUGGUAGAAGUGUUCACCAUUUAAUUUUGGUUCUCAUUGUGGACGUUGACUACUCAAUUUAAAGCCACUUAACAAUUGUAAAGUACAGCAUUACGAUUUUUGAUCUCAGUUCCUACAAUCUUACAUAUUUGACCAGUCUGAUGAGUCUCUAAUUGAAUUUAAGAAUACUUCAAUUUACUUAAAUUGGAUUUAAUCCUUUUAACUGGAACAACUACCCCCUAUAAAUGAUUGAUGCAAUGAAAUUACAAAUUCAGGCACUCAAUUAUAUAUUAUACGUGAACUGUGAAGGGUGGAGUCUGAUUUCAGGUGGAUGAAUGUAGUGGAGGAGAUUAUAUUAUAUUGUACUAUGUAAAUAAACAUCUUAAUAAAAAUAAAAAAAUGAA